AUGCCGAAGGAGCGCAACUAUAAUCCAGUGCAAGCCCAGCGCAAAGCUGACAAGGCAAAGGCGAUCAAGAAGGGCAAAUCGGAGCAGCAGAUACGGCGCAACGAGAAGCUCGCCAAGCUCAACCCCGACAGGAUCCAGCAGCAGAUAAACGAUCUCAAGGCCAUUAAGGAAGGUGGGAGUAAGCUCACGACAGUCGAGGAACAGUCGCUAGAGGCGCUCGAGAAGGACUUGAAGGCAGUUAGGAAGGCGAGGGAGGCUCUCGGGGACCAGGCGCCGACAUUCAGCAAGGGCCCGCCAAAACAGGGAGGGCCACGCGGCGACGUCGACCACAAAGGCGCUCUCGGGAAGCGUCGGCGGGACGGAGAACGAGACGAGUCGAGCAGCGACAGCGACGUACCGGCCGAUGUCAAGAAAAUACCCAUGCCACGAGACACUCCGCCGCCCAUCCCCAAGGAAGUGCUCGACGCAUGGUACUCGAAGCGAAGGGCGAAGCGGGGCGCGAACCAGCAGGAACCAUCGCGGAGACCCGGGAAUAAUAAUAGUAGCCAGGAGCCCGGUACGAGCGCAAACAGAGAGCCGUUGGGAGAUAAGCAGCGGUUCGAGAGGACGACAAGAGCGCCGAGUGCGCCGAGUGCACCAAGCCCUGUCACCGAGGCAAAGACUGUCUACGAAGCCAAACCCGUCCUCCGAGAUCUGCACAAGGAGGCUGUGAGCGCCUUUGUGCCGACCGUCGUUAGAAUGAAAAUCGAAAAGGUCAAGGGCCAGGGCGGCCUCCUCGAGCCGGAAGAAGCCGACCGGCUAGAAAGGGAGGGCUAUCUAAAAACGACCGGGACAUUACAGCAGCAGCCGACACCUAGUCCUGCCGUGAAGGGAUCCGGUCUGCGAGGUGUCACGGUGGAGGAAGUUGACGACGAAGAAGGCUAA